UGUUCCGAGCGCGCACACUUCUCGGCCGGACGGAGCACGCCGCCAGCUCCUGGCCGCCCCUGUACUCGCCUGCGGCGGCAGCUCGGCCGACCGUCCCCGGCCCGGCACCGCGUCGCGCCCGCGUCCGAGGGCAGAACUCCAGCCCCCAGGAGCCUCCCGGCCGUCGGCGGACCCAGCGGCCCCGCCGCCGGCACGCUCGGCGCCCUGCUCGCGGGGCACAGGGGAGGGCGGCGGCCGGCUGGUGAUGGGCGGCCCGGCGGCGCGGAGGGGCGCCGGGGGGCUCCGCGCGCUGCUCCUGGCGCUGGUGGCCGCGGGGAGUCCCGCGGGCGCCUACAAUCUGGACCCGCAGCGCCCCGUGCGCUUCCAGGGUCCCGCCGGGUCCUUUUUCGGCUACGCGGUGCUGGAGCACUUCCACGACAACACGCGCUGGGUCCUUGUGGGUGCACCAAAGGCGGAUUCCAAAUACAGCACUUCAGUGAAGUCCCCUGGGGCUGUGUUUAAGUGCCGCGUCCACACCAACCCUGACCGGAGAUGCACCGAACUGGACAUGGCUCGAGGGAAGAAUCGGGGCAUGCCCUGUGGAAAGACCUGCCGGGAAGACAGAGAUGAUGAGUGGAUGGGGGUGAGCCUGGCCCGGCAGCCCAAGGCUGAUGGCCGCGUGCUGGCCUGUGCCCACCGCUGGAAGAACAUCUACUACGAAACAGACCACAUCCUGCCCCACGGCUUCUGUUACAUCAUUCCACCCAACCUCCAGGCCCAAGGCAGGACACUGAUCCCUUGCUAUGAAGAGUAUAAGAAGAAGUAUGGAGAGGAACACGGCUCCUGCCAGGCUGGGAUAGCGGGCUUCUUCACUGAGGAGCUGGUUGUGAUGGGUGCCCCAGGGUCAUUUUAUUGGGCUGGGACGGUCAAAGUGCUGAACCUCACAGACAACACCUAUUUCAAACUAAAUGAUGAAGUGAUCAUGAACAGGAGGUACACCUACCUGGGUUAUGCAGUUACUGCCGGACACUUUUCUCACGUGUCCACCACCGAUGUGGUAGGAGGUGCCCCUCAGGACGAAGGCAUUGGGAAGGUUUAUAUUUUUAGAGCUGACCGAAGAUCGGGCACCUUAAUUAAGAUUUUUCAGGCAUCAGGUAAAAAGAUGGGCUCUUACUUCGGCUCCUCCUUAUGUGCAGUUGACCUGAACGUGGACGGCCUCUCUGACCUGCUCGUGGGGGCCCCCAUGUUUUCUGAGAUCAGGGACGAAGGACAGGUCACUGUCUACAUCAACAGAGGAAACGGAGCCCUGGAGGAGCAGCUGGCCCUGAGUGGGGAUGGCGCCUACAAUGCACACUUUGGGGAGAGCAUCGCCAACCUGGGCGACCUCGAUGAUGACGGGUUCCCAGAUGUGGCCAUUGGCGCACCCAAGGAGGAUGACUUUUCAGGAGCGGUGUACAUCUAUCACGGUGAUGCCAGUGGGAUGGUCCCUCAGUACUCCAUGAAACUUUCUGGGCGGAAGAUAAGUCCGGGUCUGCAGAUGUUUGGUCAGUCCAUAUCAGGAGGCAUUGAUAUGGAUGGAAAUGGCUAUCCCGAUGUAACUAUUGGAGCUUUCAUGUCGGACAGUGUGGUUCUCCUAAGGGCGAGACCCGUCAUCACAAUGGAUGUCUCCAUCUUCCUCCCCACCUCCAUCAACAUCACGGCGCCCCAGUGUCACGAUGGCCAGCAGCCUGUGAACUGCCUGAACGUCACCGCCUGCUUUAGCUUCCACGGCAAGCACGUUCCGGGAGAAAUAGGCCUGAAUUACGUUCUGACGGCUGAUAUGGCCAAAAAAGAAAAGAGCCAGUUGCCCAGGGUCUACUUUGUGUUGCUGGGAGAGUCCGUGGGUCAGGUCUCAGAGAAGCUGCAGCUGGUCCAUUUGGAGGCGACGUGUCAUCAUUACGUGGCCCAUGUGAAGCGGAGAGUGCAGGACGUCAUCAGCCCCAUCGUGUUCGAGGCCGCCUACAGCCUGGGCGAGCAUGUGAUGGGAGAGGAGGAAAGGGAGCUGCCGGCCCUGACCCCUGUGCUCCGCUGGAAAAAGGGACAAAAGAUUGCCCAGAAGAAUCAGACUGUGUUUGAAAGGAAUUGCCGAUCUGAGGACUGUGCUGCCGACCUGCAGCUUCAGGGUCACCUGUUACUCUCCAGUGUUGAUGACAGAACCCCGUAUCUAGCUCUGGGGGCUGUGAAGAAUAUCUCCCUAAACAUCUCCAUCUCCAACCUCGGGGACGAUGCCUAUGAUGCCAACGUGUCCUUCAACGUUUCCCGGGAGCUCUUCUUCAUCAACAUGUGGCAGAAGGAGGAAAUGGGCAUUUCCUGUGAACUGCUGGAAUCAGACUUCCUCAAAUGCAGUGUGGGAUUCCCUUUCAUGAGGUCGAAGUCGAAGUAUGAAUUCAGCGUGAUCUUUGAUACAAGCCACCUGUCUGGGGAAGAGGAAGUUCUCAGCUUCAUCGUUACUGCUCUGAGCGGCAACAUGGAGCGCUCUGAGUCCCUGCACGACAACACCCUCACGCUGACGGUGCCGCUGAUGCACGAGGUGGACACAUCCAUCACUGGAAUCAUGUCUCCAACCUCCUUUGUGUACGGCGAGUCUGUGGACGCAUCCAACUUCAUUCAGCUGGAAGACCUGGAGUGUCAUUUCCAGCCUCUCAAUGUCACCCUUCAGGUCUAUAACACUGGGCCAAGCACCCUUCCUGGGUCAUCUGUCAACAUCUCUUUCCCCAGUCGCCUGUCACCUGGAGGAGCUGAGAUGUUUCAUGUGCAGGAGAUGGUGGUGGGCCAAGAGAAGGGAAACUGUUCUUUCCAGAAAAACCCAACCCCCUGUAUCAUCCCUCAAGAACCAGAAAAUAUCUUCCAUACAAUAUUUGCUUUUUUCACAAAGUCGGGAAGAAAAGUCUUGGACUGCGAAAAGCCAGGAAUUUCUUGCCUAACAAUGCACUGUAAUCUUAGUGCGCUGGCUAAAGAAGAAAGUCGUACUAUAGACAUUUACAUGCUGCUGAACACAGAAAUACUGAAGAAGGUGGUCUUCGAGGCGUUGCACAAUCUGGAGCCCCGAGGCUACGUCGUGGGGUGGAUCAUUGCCAUCAGCUUGCUGGUGGGAAUCCUCAUCUUCCUGCUGCUGGCUGUGCUGCUGUGGAAGAUGGGCUUCUUUCGCAGAAGGUACAAAGAAAUUAUUGAAGCUGAGAAGAACCGUAAAGAGAAUGAAGACAGUUGGGACUGGGUCCAGAAGAACCAGUGACCUGCCACCCCAACCCACCCCGGUCAUGUGGCCCAGUGGUUCGCCUGUCUUCCUGAUCUUUGUAUCUUCCAUAUUUGGAAGAAAGAAUCUUCUCCAGAUUUUUCGGAGGCCCCACGAUGCUGUUCUCGUCCUCGUUCUCUCAAGCCCAGGUGCCAACCUGAGGCAGUCACUUCGGCCAGGUCACCUGACUGGAACCACCACCACUUCCUUUUCCAGCUGAACUCGGAACUUUGGAAAGCCGGCUGCAGAGCCAGGCGAUAUUUAUGGAUGCAACAUGCGUGGUCAACCCUCAGGGGAAAACUGUUACCUAAAAGUAUUUUUAUAAAUAUAAGCCUUUUAUACUGAUUAUGUCUUUAUAUUUGUAUCGAUGUUUUAUUAUUUCUAUUAAAUGGUUAUAUAGUUCACUCAAGCACUGAUAUCUGGCCUGAAAUCUUGGAAAUACUUGUAUAUUCAUACAAAUGUUAAAGGAUAAAGAUCUUACUGUACUUUGGAACUUGCUGUUAAAGAAGACUCUCAGAUGAAAUCAUCUGAAGAAACCUCACGUGAUGAAUCCACCCAGCGGGUGGUGCUGUAUAUCAGCUGUGGUCUGGGGCUGAGCCCGAAGGCAUCUCACAUCUCUGUUGCCUGGAGUCAAGUGUGGAAUAAUGUGCUAAAGAACCAAGAGGGUUUUUUCAUCUGUACCGUUCAUUGGAAGAUUCCCAGCAGGAAUUUGGAUGGAAAAACCUGAUUCUUGAGGUCUGUUCUGCAUCACCUUAUAGAGCAGACAUUUCACCCUCCUUCCACUUAAAUUAAGACAUGAAAGCUUGGAGCAAUGCCAUUUCAUCACUGGUAAACCUCAGAAUGGCAUCUCAUCCUGGACAUCGUGCAUCAGAGUCCGCACACCACCGGGACUGAAUUGGUGCCCACCAAGCAGAGACUUGUGUCUGAGUGCUGUGAUGUGUUAUCUUUUCAUGUUAAUUUGAGUCCAGAGGUCUCCAUUGUCCCCGUCACUCGUGCUGUCCCAGCUAAUGGUAAUUGCAGUGUCCUUCCCAGAGAUGACCAUUCAACCUGUCCUUAUUUUUUUUAAUCAUGUCUUAGGUGGAGUUCUUAAGAAGUGGACCCUGAGACAAGGAUUUUCAUGCAGUAACUUAUUAAGGAAGUAUCCCCAGGGCACACCAGUAAGGACACGAGGGAAGCAGGACACGGAAGGGGAGGAAGACAGGUAAGGGAGCCAUUUCAGGGCAGGUCCUGUGCAGGGGGUCUUCAGCCUGAUCCUGCAGGGGGGGCUCUGGAGGGUAAGUUAUGCCUCAGAGUUGUCCCAGCCUGGGGCAAGGGAGCUGAGCUUUCAUAGUCUUGUACCCAGGGGAGAUGUAAACUUUCUGCUUUCACUUCCUGCCAGCAAAAUAGCCCCAGUAGCUCAGGAGCGGUCCUCAAAAAGAGGGCUGCACCCCCAACCUGGGAAGCGCACAGAAAUAAUGCAAAAGAAAUGAUGCAAAGGGAUCUGGGCAUAGCACUGACGUCCUCGCCUAUCCCCUGUACAGGUGAAUGCUGAGUUAUGGCCUUCGCUAUCCAAGCUCUCUGUUUGACAGUGUUUAUUACCAGACGCACAGUGCUGUUCAGGUUUGAGUGCAGUGUGAGUCUCUGAAAGGGCAAGGUGGUGACAGAUGUAGCAAGCUCAACACCAUGCCUGGCCCGUAGUGAACAUUCAAUAACCAUGAGCAGCCCUGGCUGCUGGAAAACCAUCUGGUACAGGGGAAAACGUGCCUAAGAGCAGGGUCUGACAGAGUCCUUAGUCACUUAUCACAGCCUGCUCAAGCCCCGGGUACAAACAGAUGGCAUCAGAUGAGAAUGAAACAAGAAACAAGACCAGGCAUCUUUCUCAUAGGGCCUUGUUGACUGGGAGCUAAGAUGUGCGGGGGCCUGUGAGUAUUGUUGAAAAGACACAGAACUCAACUUCAGGGGAGACAGGUUUUUCCAGACACAUAGUUGGCUAAUGCUUGCAAAGAUAUCUAAAGUUUUGGCAAAAUUAUGAGGGUGCUGAGCGGUUGCAAACCUGGCAGGGAGCACACGUGUCUUUUCGUUUCUUACGCAGUUGACUCUGACACAGGAAGAUACAGAAUUCAUCAUGCUCCCCUUCCAGUUCUCACUCAGGGUUCACCUCUGACAGAUGUGUAUGGGGCCCCUGCUGUGCGUCAGACCCUGUGCUAAGUGCCGGGGGUUCCCCAGUGAACACCACCCCACAUUUUGCCCCAGGGGAGGCAGAUCUUCCCACAGUGGCGCUCAGAGCGUGAAUUCCUUUACGAGACCUCAUCUGCAGCCUUCCUUGGACGGACUUCUGCUUGUUGUUUCAUGUUGUCCUUUAAUAAAUCAUUUAGGAUUCUUAGGUGGUAGGCCUGGGACAGCUCCAUCAGCGGCUUUGGCCAAAUGCACAAAUAGCCACAGCCAGCCUCCUGCAAGGGGUGCAGACGCAUGGGAGACAGUGUAGCAGGAUAACUGGCGGGCACACGGUUCUGCCAGCCAGAGGGGAAAGCCUCACCGGGGGAGGGGCAGUCUCCAUAGCCAGUCUCAGAGCUGGGAUCCAUGUGCUUCUGGGUGCUUCUGAGUGGUAGGCACACGAGUGGUCACAUACCCAGGAGAUUACUAAGACUAAAUAGGGCAGUUUUUAAGAAAAUCUCGCUUGGCCUCCACUGGAGGAAAUACUGGCAGCCCCUCUGGAACCUGUCUGGGGAGGAUGGUACAUCUGCUUAUCUCCUGAUGCUGAGUAGGCGGGGCAGCAGGGACUGGGGAGCUGACCAUUUAGCACAGAGAUAGAGAGGGGAAGUUGAGCAGGUUGUCAGUGCUCUCAGCUUGGCCAAUUCACCAGCUCCAUCCAGUUCAGAAGCCCUCAGUAGGCUCUCGGGGGAAGCAGACAGGAUGGGUUGGUGUGUCUUUGUUCCUUCUCCAGAGGGUUCUUUUAAAAUUCCACAGUGCCUUCCAAUUUCCAUCUUUCCUGCUUCUGUGGGUUCACUGUGGAAUGCUAUCUGAUGUUCUCUUGCACAGCAUUAUUUAAGUCUGCUUCAGCUUUUUGGUUGUGUAUUCACUAGGGUUAUAAUCAACUGUCAGAAGGAUUGAGGUGCUUUUUAAAUAUGAAGAAAGGACCUUUGUAGAAAUUAAGUGAAAUAAGGCUCCCUUUUCAAAAAUGAUUCACCUAUGCUCAGUUUACAUGGGACUCAGGAGUUUGGAACAUCGCCUAAGUGAGCCCUAGACCUGUCGCAGAGAAGAGGCCAUGAGGUUCAGGAACGAGGGGACACUGGCAGGAGUGAGUGGGUCCAGUGGCUUUACGGUGACUGACAGGCACACGGCCAGAAUCACUUGCUACUGAGGUCACUGAGGCUUUCUCAGUCAAUUCUUCAGGAAACUUCCAUCAGCAUUCUGAAGUUGGGUAAGCUUUGUAGAAAAUCUGAUGGAAAGUCCUCCUUCACCAAAUCAUAUGCAACCUUCAGCCCUGGAGCCAGAGGCAAGGAGGUUCAAAACAAAACCAGCGGGCCUCCUGGAAACAUCUGGGACCUGUUUUCAAUGUGGAUGUGUAGCAGAUCCCUUAGGUGGUUGUGAUGGGUGCUGAUAUGCUACCUGUGGAACCGUAGCAAUGUCAUUUUUAAAAAAGGUUAUUCUACUUUUACUUUUGGAUAAGGCAUCAUGGCAGGGCAACACAGUUACACUCCGGUUACGUGUAAAACCUACACCUGAUGAAACCUGCACCUAAUUCAGACUUCCCGAAAUGUAGAGGCAAAGCAAAGGAUUGGUAUUUGGGGGAAAUGGCCUUUUAGCAGAUAAAAGGCAGAAAACGAGCGUCCCUUAGAAAUGCUCCAAGUAUGCGGUGUUUUAGUCCAUGUGUUGUUUUGCUAUAUAGAGCAAGAAUAUACACAAUGGAGAAUAUGUUCUGAAGCAAAGAAUGGCUGAAGGGUUAGGAUACAAAGGCAGUAGGGCCAAAAUGAACCUUCUAGAAUGUUUUCUGAUUUUCAGCAUGUGAGGGGGAUAAUGAACAAAUGUCCCACGUGAUGCAAUGCUUUGUAGCACGAUCUAGAUUUCAGACUGUGUUAAGGUUUUUUCAAAUUCUAAUGUGCACGGUGUGACCAGCAGAGUAAGUUUAAAAGCUUUAAGAGUGUGAUUAAUUGCAUGGCAGGCACCCACGCUAACUUCACUUCCAGAACUUGAUUGAUGCAUCCAUGUACGUUUCCGUUGAGGAAUUUCAGUGGGAGGGGUGUUCCUCUUCACAAAGUCACAUGUAUUCAAGUCUGUGCAGUCACUUCUAAUUCACUUGCACUGUUUGGGAAAUGCAGGUUUACAAAAGUACGUGUUUGGAAUUAAAAAAAUGGCUACAAAUGA